AUGCCUGAUAAGAGGUCUGAAGGCAGAUCCCGAGUAGAUCGAGAUGCUGAUAAUCUUCAGCUUCAGCAGCUGGAAGAAAAGGAUGUAGUAUCUUCUGUAGCUACUGUUCUUUCUGAUCUCUGUGGUCCUGGAGAAUGGAUGCCUAUGGAGAAACUUCAUGCGGAGCUGUUGGAGCAGUAUAGCAGUGUUUGGCAUCACAGUAGAGUGAGGAGGUAUCUGACAUCAGAAGAUUGGCCUGGUCCUGAAUCCAAAGGGAAGCCUUGGUUUGGCUUGCUUAUGCUGUUAAGGAAGUACCCGGAGCAUUUUGUGAUCAACACAAGGUCCAAGGGCCGUGUCACCCUGGAGUUUGUUUCUCUUGUCUCUCUUCUAUCCUGA